AUGGCUGUGGCAAAUAUGGUGUUCUCUGACGUGGAAAGUUUUCUGGACUCGCACCCCGACCUGUUCGAGGACUACCUGAACAGAAAGGGGAAUUAUAGCAUGGUGGAGAAAUGGCUCAAGAAUCACCAGGCGCGCAAGAGUCAGGCGGCCGCGGCUCCCGCCGCCGAGCCCUGCAGGGAGGAGAAGAGCCCCCCGUGCAAGGACAGCUGGGCCAGCAAAUGCGACGGUCUGCAGCGGAGAGCGUCUCAGAAGGAGCUGCGCAAAACUUUCGCCCGAUCCAAGGCCAUCAACAUCAACAGGACAUACGACGAACAUGUGAACACCAGAGCGCAGGAGCCGCUGACGAGCAUGAGGAGGAGAGCUCUGCUCAGGAAAGCCAGCUCUCUGCCCCCGACCACGGCGCACAUCCUGAGCGCACUGCUGGAGUCCAGAGUCAACAUCCCCCAGUACCCGUCCACGGCCGUGGAUUUUAAGUAUUACCUCAAGGAACACAACGAAAGAGAGUUUUUCCUGGAGCUCGUAAAAGACAUAUCGAACGACCUGGAUCUAACGAGUCUCAGCUACAAAAUCCUGGUGUUUGUUUGCAUUAUGGUGGACGCAGACCGCUGCUCCCUGUUUUUGGUGGAGGGAACCGGCAACAAGAAAACAUUGGUGUCCAAAUUUUUUGACGUGCACGCCGGCACCACCGUUUUGCCCUCAAUGAACUCAGAUGAAGUUCAGGUGCCGUGGGGGAAAGGAAUCAUUGGCUACGUGGCUGAGCACGGAGAGACGGUGAACAUUCCUGACGCCUAUCAGGAUCGGCGCUUCAGUGAUGAAAUUGACAAGCUGACAGGAUACAAAACCAAGUCACUCUUGUGCAUGCCCAUCCGCAACAGUGAUGGUGAGAUCAUCGGAGUUGCUCAGGCCAUCAACAAGACCUUAAGUGGAGAGCUUUUCACUGAGGAUGACGAGAAGGUCCUGCAGAUGUAUCUGCCCUUUUGUGGAAUUGCCAUCUCCAAUGCUCAACUCUUUGCCGCCUCAAGGAAGGAGUACGACAGGAGUCGGGCACUCCUGGAGGUAGUAAACGACCUGUUUGAGGAACAGACUGACCUGGAGAAAAUUGUCAGGAAGAUCAUGCACCGUGCCCAGACACUGCUUAAGUGCGAGCGUUGCUCUGUUCAAUUGCUGGAGGACAUUGAGUCACCGGUGGUCAAGUUCACAAAGUCUUUUGAGCUCCUGUCCCCAAAGUGCAGUGCCGACACCGAAAACAGUUUCAAAGACAGUAUGGAGAAAUCGUCUUACUCCGACUGGCUGAUCAACAACAGCAUCGCAGAGCUGGUGGCGUCCACCGGACUCCCCGUCAACAUUAGCGACGCCUAUCAGGAUCCUCGCUUUGAUGCUGAGGCUGAUCAGUUCUCUGACUUCCAUAUCAGAUCUGUGCUUUGUGUCCCUAUAUGGAACAGCAACCACCAAAUCAUUGGUGUCGCUCAAGUGCUCAACAGACUGGAUGGAAAGCCAUUUGAUGAUGCAGACCAGCGCCUGUUUGAGGCAUUUGUGAUUUUCUGUGGGCUGGGGAUAAACAACACCAUCAUGUACGACCAGGUGAAGAAGUCUUGGGCCAAGCAGUCCGUUGCUUUGGAUGUUCUGUCUUACCAUGCCACUUGCUCCAAGACGGAAGUCGACAAAUUCAAAGCUGCUAACAUCCCUCUGGUCUGUGAGCUGGGCAUUGAUAAGCUCUCCUUUGAUGAUUUUUCCCUGGACGUCGACGCCAUGAUAACUGCUGCUCUGAGAAUGUUCAUGGAGUUAGGAAUGGUGCAGAAAUUUAAGAUUGACUAUGAGACACUAUGCAGAUGGCUGCUGACUGUCAGAAAGAACUACAGAAUGGUUCUCUACCACAACUGGAGACAUGCGUUCAACGUUUGCCAGUGCAUGUUUGCCAUGCUAACGACGGCUGGUUUCCAGGAGAUGCUGACAGAGGUGGAGAUCUUAGCACUUAUCGUGGGCUGUGUGUGCCACGACUUGGACCACAGGGGCACCAACAACGCUUUUCAGGCCAAGACUGGUUCAGCUUUGGCUCUGCUUUAUGGGACCUCUGCUACGCUGGAACACCACCACUUCAACCAUGCUGUUAUGAUCCUGCAGAGUGAGGGCCACAACAUCUUCUCCAACCUCUCAUCGACAGAGUACAGCGACCUCAUGCAGUUGUUGAAACAGUCGAUUCUGGCCACAGACCUCACGCUUUACUUUGAGAACAGAAACAUGUUCUUCGAGCUCGUCAGCAAAGAAGAGUACAACUGGAACGUGAAGGCUCACAGGGACAUGUGCCGAUCCAUGAUGAUGACAGCAUGUGAUCUGGGAGCUGUCACAAAGCCGUGGGAAAUAUCACGCAAGGUCGCAGAGUUGGUAACCAGUGAGUUCUUUGAGCAGGGCGACAGAGAGAGGCUGGAGCUGAAGCUAACGCCCUCUGCCAUCUUUGACCGAAACAGGAAGGACGAGUUGCCGGGGCUUCAGCUGGAGUGGAUUGAUGGGAUCUGUGCGCCGUUGUAUGAGACACUGGUCAAGUUGAAUCCCAAACUUGACCCGAUGCUUGACAUGAUCAGAGCGAACAGGGCCAAAUGGGAGGAGCUGAACAGGCAGAGACAGAGUGGUCAGAGCUCCUCUGACCCCGCCGGCCCCUGUAGCCCCGACAGCCCCCCCGAAACCAGCGGCCUCACGGCGGCCAAAACUGUCAGCACGCCCUGCUGCAACGCAGACGCCGAGGGCCCGCCGCUCAAGGCGGCCAGUUAGCUUUUGUCCAGCAGCCGGUGUCUUGAGUUUUUUCUCCCAAAUGCAACCUGCAGCAAGGCAGCGCGCUGCAUGCAGAGGUUCUCUGGCUCUGCUCCUCUUCGCUUCUGCUACCAGAGUGGAGCUUUAGACUUGGGCGUGGCGCUCUCAUAGAGGUUUUUCUGCUCCCUUCAGACUCCCCCGUGCUGAAGGAUAGCAGAGCCGUGUGUCCGGCAAGCUUGUUGGAACACUUACAAAUCAGCUGUGGACACCGUGUCAGAAAGGGAAAUGACCACUGUGUCAACGUGUCAACUAACACCGUCUAUUCUGGGUAAUGCACAUAUUUUUCGGACAUAAGACACAGAGUGUAAUCUUUAUUUUCUGCUGUGGUUUGUUUCGCUCUUGGUAUCUCCUUGUUGUUACAACUUUGUCUGUGGGUUAACAGACAUUUUUUUGUAAAUCUGUAAAUAUGCUAUUGAGUUAUUUACAAGUGCUGUUUAAAACCUGUAUGCAUUGAUUGGGUUGUAGUGUGAAGUUCUGAGCUGGUGCAGGGGCAGCAGGACCUGUGACAGUGCUUGCAAUGCAAAUUGAAUUCUCCGCUCCCUCCCUUCCUGUGCCUUGUUUUAAGAUCCUAAUGAAAAAUGCAUGGCCUCUUUGCUGAGGUUCUUAUACAGUAUGGAAAUCCAUGUAGAUCCAUACUGAAUUUCUGCCAUAAUUUGUAAAACCAAUGACUGCGGUUAUUUCUUGUUAGCCCUUGUUAGCUACAAAAAAAACAUAAUUUACAUAUAAAGAUAUAUUUCACCCAGUUUUAUAAAUGCAGGGUCUCACUUCUAUCCUUCUUCUUCCUCUCCUUGUCUCUCUCUGUCUCUCUCUCUCUCUUUCUAUCUCUCUCUCUCUCACACACACACAAUGUGCCUUUAGAAGUUGUUCUGAUACAAAAAUAAUUUCUCCGCUGUACUGAUUUAUUACUGACAGCUGUAAGCUGGAAAAAAUUGUCACAUUUUAUUUACAAAGCAGCAGUUAAAAAAAUGAAUAGCCACACUUUCACCCAUGAAGGAAGGUCCAUGCCACUGCUAUGAUUAUCUGGUAAAUAUCGGGCUACAAUCGGGCUAAAAGUUAAAAAUAUAAAAGAGAGAUGUCAAUUAGCCGGACUCUGACCAAAGGUGACACAAACCUACAUUAGCGAUGCGUUCAAUAAAAUAAAAAAACAACCUUGCACACAAUAGAUGUGGACAAUGAAAACAAUUCUCAGCAGAUAUUCCAGCA